AUGCCCGACCCCGAGACGGCAGAAGCCCACGUCCGCCAGCUCAUCACCUCCCUCCCCUCCGUCCUCCGCUCGCGCGACGAGGACCAGCGCACAGCCCUGCACCACGCCGCCCGUCUCGGCCGUAACAACAUCGUCCUCGCCAUCCUCGAGACGAAUCCGGAGUGCGACGUCGACGUCCAGGACGCCGACAAGUGCACGCCACUCCACCUCGCCGCGCGCAACGGCCAUGAGGAUGUCGUCAGGACCCUGCUCGCCCAAGGCGCCAACGUGAGGGCCGAGGAAAGCUUCCGCGAGACUCCGCUGCACGAGGCGAGCCGCAGCGGCCACGCGGGCAUCGUGGGCGUGCUAAUCGAGAACGGCGCCGUCGUCGACGCGCCGAACCAGGACCUGGCAACGAGCCUGCACAUUGCCAGCCGGAGGGGCUGCGAGGCCGCCAUCCGGGUGCUGCUCGACGCCGGCGCGAACCCGGCCACCAAGGACGGCGUUGGGGACACGCCGCUCCACGACGCGGCGCGGGGAGGGCACGAGGGCGUCGUGACGAUGCUCCUCGAGACGGGGCUCGUGUCCAUCGAGGCGCAGAACGCAAACGACUUCACGCCGCUGAGCGUGGCGGCGCGGCAUGGGCGCGAGGCCAUCGUACGGGCGCUGGUCGAGCGCGGGGCCGACGUCGACGCCGCGAGCGCCGAGUACUGCACGCCGCUGCACCAGGCGGCGUCCGAGGGCCACGACGGCGUCGCGCGCGUGCUCAUCGCCGCGGGCGCCGACGUCGACCCGCAGGACAUGGACGACCAGACGCCGCUGCACGCCGCCGUCAUGUUCGAGCACGCCGCCGUCGUGGCCUCGCUGCUGGCCGCCGACGCCGACGUCAACCUCCGCGACACGGAGGACUGCACGCCGCUGCACCACGCCGUCAAGAACGAGAGCAAGGCCCUCGUGCGUGACCUGCUCGAGGCCGGCGCCGACCCGACCGUCAUCUCGUCGACGGGCGAGACGCCCCAGAGCCUGGCCAAGCUGCUGAACCGCCGCUCCAUCGCCGACCUGUUCGACGCGCCGCCCCACGUCGUGCCCAAGCCGGGCGUCGCCGCCGCGUGGGACCCGCGCCCGAGGCGCGCCCGCCCGCCGUCGAGGCCGAACCAGGAAGCCGAGAUCGACGCCUGCCGCCACUUCCAGGGCCUGUUCUGGUGCCCGACGAGCGAGUGCAGCUUCGCGAGCCUGAGCGUCUGGGACAUGCUGUACGACCCGGAGACGGAGAUCAGGAUCUAA